CGCCCGGCCGCGCGGCCGCCUGCGUCUCUUUCUCCCUCUCUCCUUUGAAAACUGAUCUUUGGCUCUUAGUGUGAAAGUGAUUUGAAUUUGGCUCGGCGGCGCUCUGCGCCUGCGCUCAGCCUCUGGCAUGCUGGCUCCUUCCAAGCAGCUGUUUUGGGUUUGAAAUUCCAACAUGGCAGAGGCUGCAGUCCGUCUUCCCUUCAAAAACUUGGAAUGAUUUCAAAUCAUAGGCACCUUCACUUAACCCUAGCUUCCAUUCAUCAGCAAACACAUCGGAUCGAUGCUACGCUAACCUAUCGGGAGCUCGCUCCGCGCGUCCAGGUUAAAUGAAUACCUGACGAAAGGGCCCACGUUUCAAGGCAGUGACAUUUGAUAGCUGAGAGGAAAAGUGGCUUUAAUGAAAAGCAACCUUUGGAAUUCCUGCUUGUGAGAAAUCCAAUUCAGCUUUUUGUGCUACCAGCAAGAAAUGAUCAGUAGCACCAGUGUUUAUGGCUUGAAGAUGCAGUGGACGCCGGAGCAUGCCCAGUGGCCAGAACAGCACUUUGACAUCACCUCAACCACUCGGUCUCCUGCUCACAAAGUUGAAGCCUACAGAGGUCAUUUGCAGCGCACCUACCAGUACGCCUGGGCAAAUGAUGACAUAUCUGCUCUGACUGCAUCCAACCUUCUGAAAAAAUAUGCAGAGAAGUAUUCUGGCAUUUUGGAAGGUCCCGUAGACCGACCUGUACUCAGCAAUUAUUCAGACACACCAUCAGGACUCGUGAAUGGUCGGAAAAAUGAUAGCGAACCCUGGCAGCCUUCCUUGAAUUCAGAAGCCGUUUAUCCCAUGAACUGUGUUCCGGAUGUCAUCACGGCCAGCAAAGCUGGUGUCAGUUCAGCCCUCCCUCCGGUAGAUGUCUCUGCAAGUAUAGGGAGCUCCCCUGGGGUGGCCAGCAACCUGACAGAACCAAGUUACUCAAGUAGUACCUGUGGAAGCCACACAGUACCUAGUCUUCAUGCAGGGCUCCCAUCUCAGGAAUAUGCUCCAGGAUACAACGGAUCAUAUUUGCAUUCUACCUACAGUAGUCAGCCCACACCUGCACUUCCUUCGCCUCAUCCAUCCCCGUUGCAUAGCUCUGGGCUCCUGCAGCCGCCCCCUCCUCCUCCCCCACCAGCCCUGGUCCCAGGCUACAAUGGGACUUCCAACCUCUCCAGUUACAGCUAUCCCUCUGCUAGCUAUCCUCCUCAGACUGCUGUGGGCUCUGGGUAUAGCCCUGGUGGAGCGCCCCCUCCUUCAGCAUACCUGCCUUCAGGAAUUCCUGCUCCCACCCCCCUGCCCCCCACUACCGUUCCUGGCUACACCUACCAGGGUCAUGGUUUGACACCCAUCGCACCCUCUACUCUGGCCAACAGUUCGGCAAGUUCUCUCAAAAGGAAAGCGUUCUAUAUGGCAGGGCAAGGAGACAUGGACUCCAGUUACGGAAAUUACAGCUAUGGCCAACAGAGAUCGACACAGAGUCCUAUGUACCGAAUGCCCGACAACAGCAUUUCAAACACGAAUCGGGGGAAUGGCUUUGACAGAAAUGCUGAAACAUCAUCCUUAGCAUUUAAGCCAACAAAGCAGCUGAUGUCCUCUGAACAGCAAAGGAAAUUCAGCAGCCAGUCCGGGAGGGCUCUGACCCCUCCUUCCUACAGUACUGCUAAAAAUUCAUUGGGAUCAAGAUCCAGUGAAUCCUUUGGGAAGUACACGUCGCCAGUCAUGAGUGAGCACGGGGACGACCACAGGCAGCUCCUCGCUCAUCCAAUGCAAGGUCCGGGACUCCGUGCAGCUACCUCAUCCAACCACUCCGUGGACGAGCAACUGAAGAACACUGACACGCACCUCAUCGACCUAGUCACCAAUGAGAUCAUCACCCAAGGACCUCCUGUGGACUGGAGUGAUAUAGCUGGUCUUGACCUGGUGAAGGCUGUCAUUAAGGAGGAGGUUUUGUGGCCAGUGUUGAGGUCCGAUGCGUUCAGUGGGCUGACGGCCUUACCUAGGAGCAUCCUUCUAUUUGGACCUCGGGGAACAGGCAAAACACUAUUAGGCAGAUGCAUAGCUAGUCAGCUGGGGGCGACUUUUUUCAAAAUUGCUGGUUCUGGACUAGUGGCAAAGUGGCUGGGAGAAGCGGAGAAAAUCAUCCAUGCCUCUUUUCUUGUGGCCAGGUGUCGCCAGCCCUCGGUGAUUUUCGUUAGUGACAUUGACAUGCUUCUCUCCUCCCAAGUGAGUGAGGAACACAGUCCAGUCAGUCGGAUGAGAACCGAAUUUCUGAUGCAGCUGGACACUGUACUAACUUCGGCUGAGGACCAAAUCGUAGUCAUUUGUGCCACCAGUAAACCAGAAGAAAUAGAUGAAUCUCUUCGGAGGUACUUCAUGAAAAGACUUUUAAUCCCACUUCCUGACAGCACAGGGAGGCACCAGAUAAUAGUACAACUGCUCUCACAGCACAAUUACUGUCUCAAUGACAAGGAGUUUGCACUUCUCGUCCAGCGUACAGAAGGCUUUUCUGGACUAGACGUGGCUCAUUUGUGUCAGGAAGCAGCAGUGGGUCCCCUCCAUGCUAUGCCAGCCACAGACCUUUCAGCCAUUAUGCCCAGCCAGUUGAGGCCCGUGACAUAUCAAGACUUUGAAAAUGCUUUCUGCAAGAUUCAGCCUAGCAUAACUCAAAAAGAGCUUGAUAUGUAUGUUGAAUGGAACAAAAUGUUUGGUUGCAGUCAGUGAUUCAGUCUUUAAAAGUUAAAAAAAAACAAACAAAAAACAAAAAACAAAAAAAACAUGUAAUGAAUGUUGGCACACACACACACACACACACAUAAAACCUGCUACAUAGGGAAUAGAGCCCCUUUCCAGUAGUGUUUCAACUGCAGAGGGUCCUGGGGAAGACAACGUUUGCGUUGCAGCUGUAGAGUCAGGGUAGCUUUGGAGGAAACGUGCAUCCGAUGAGAGCCUCUGAUUUGAAAGCCCCAGACGACAGAAAGCAUAUCUAUGUGGAUGCUCAGAACGGUUCAAGCUAGACAACACUCACCGAGACGCAAGGUGCAAGUGUGUCGAUUUCAGAAGGACAUGAACCUCGUGUGUUGAUUCCAUUCUGCUGUCUCAAGAUUUAGUUGCUGUCAAGUGCCUGGAGUGGUGCUUUAUUUUUUUUGUUUGCCUCACAAUUACAUUGGUGGCAUGUGCUAAUAUAAAGAGCUUUAACUUCAGACAUUGUCGGACUAAAGAGAUGAACGGUUGUGUUCACAACAGAAAACCAGAUUUUUGCCAUUUUUAAGAGCAACAGUAUUCCUCAAUCCUGUCUGUUCUGCGGUGUUAAGCUAAGAACAGGUAAAACAGGGUAACGGUAAUCUGGACCUUAAUGUCUGCAGUUCAUUUCUUUUAAUGUUCUUGUCUGCAAAAACUCAGGAAAGUGAUUGUGAUUUGUACAGUACCUCAAAGGAAUGUGUUCAAAGCACUAUGUACUGCUGAGAGUUAUAGGGUAGGCUUCAAUGUUACUUUAUAUUAAAAUGUAUGUUUACCUCAACAAUUGGAGAAUAGCAAGGAAAAUUACUUUGAAUGUAUCCGGAAAAAUUACUGAAGUGUGAUACAGCUGAAUAUUUACAAUUUAAAGUAGAAAUGGAAGGAUUUUUCUUUAAAGUUCUCUAACGAAUUGUGGGGAAUUAACCAGAGCAGAACAAUUACUGAAGAGUUUUUAAUACAUUGCUCUCCUUGAUGAUGAAGUGAAAAUGUUCAUAAAAGUUACACUGGUUAAUUGAAAGCUAUGUAUUCAGUUUGUGUUGGUGUUUAGAGCAGUCAGCCACAGACCUGUUUUAGGACCCUGAAAGUGACGGAACCUAACAACUGUAACUGCCUUUUACUGCCAUGGUAGAGGUGGUGGUGGUUUUAUUUUGGAAGCUCUCUCUCUUAAACUGCUAGGGAUGGUGUCAUUCUGUUCAUUAAGAGUUUGUAGGCUUGCUGUGCUGUUUCAUAGAAUGCAGAGGAUAGAACCAAAUCAAACAUACAAAUUUUAAAAAAGAAAAAAAAAAGCAACCAACUGUAUGUAUCCACAGAGAACCUCUCCAUGCCCCCCUCCCCCACCCCCAUCUUGACGUCAUUCUUCACAGAGCACUUUCGCUUCUCAUCUUGGACCACCCUGGCUGUAGUACUCCCCUGUCCAUUUCUACCUCGGUUUCAUUACAUUUCUUUUGGAAAAAUUAGACACAGACAUGUAUACCACAGUCGAGCUUGCCAAAUGUGGGUUUGUUGUUUGUUUUGUUGUGUCGUGUUGUUGUAUUGUGUUCCCUUCCAUCUUUUUGCCAUAAUCUAGUUUCCCAAAACACUAAUCUUCAAUGCGUUCUUUCCCUGCCGAGCACGACCGCAUGGCAUAUGUGGCGUUUUAUUCCCACUCCCCACCUCUGUUCCUGCUUCCCGCCAGGUUGUCCUUUGUCUCCUGUCGUGCGUGCGUGCGUGCGUGCGUGUGUGCGUGCGUGCGUGAUAGGCAAGUUUUCCGUUGAAAGCUGGCUGAUGUUCACCAAUGCCUCUCGCAGCCACAGUGCAGGACAGAGCUUUCCAAAGCCGCUGCCUGUGCCCACGCAGAGGAGCCUAGCAUUUUGAAUGUAUUUUCCUGGGUUUUGCCCCUCCUUUUUUUGUUUUUUUUCUUUGUUUGUUUUUUGUUUUGUUUUAAUUUAGAGAUGCAGUAACUGUUGCAAUGCACUGGCAUUUUGUGUAUUCAAUAAGUGAUGUACAUUUUAAGGUAAUUUUAAAUAAAUGCAAUGGCAGCCCCA